AUGGGUUCUCUGAAGAACGAUCAAAAGAGAGACUUGGUGGAAGAUGAAUCGGAUGAGCCGCUUUUGAUGGCUCAGAACCAGAGAUUCUCUAUGUUCCCAAUUAGGUACAAACCUAUUUGGGAGAUGUAUAAGAAAGCUGAAGCCAGUUUCUGGACUGCUGAAGAAGUUGAUCUUUCCACUGAUGUGCAACAGUGGGAAACUUUGUCUGAUUCUGAGAAACAUUUUAUCAGCCAUGUUCUGGCUUUUUUCGCCGCAUCAGAUGGAAUUGUUUUGGAGAAUCUGGCUGCUAGAUUCUUGAAUGAUGUUCAAGUUCCUGAGGCUCGUGCAUUCUAUGGAUUUCAAAUUGCCAUGGAGAACAUUCAUUCGGAGAUGUACAGCUUACUUCUGGAGACCUAUAUAAAGGAUUCGCAGGAGAAGGAUAGAUUGUUCAACGCUAUUGAGACCAUUCCUUGCAUCUCCAGGAAGGCACAAUGGUCAUUAGAUUGGAUUCAAAGUCCUAUGUCUUUUGCUGUAAGGCUGGUUGCUUUUGCAUGCGUCGAAGGAAUCUUCUUCUCAGGAAGCUUCUGUGCCAUCUUCUGGCUUAAGAAGAGAGGUCUUAUGCCGGGUUUGACCUUCUCAAACGAGCUGAUAUCGAGAGACGAGGGGCUCCACUGUGACUUUGCUUGUCUCUUGUACAGUUUGCUGCAGAAGCAGCUUCCCCUGGAGAAAGUUUAUGAGAUUGUUCAUGAGGCAGUGGAAAUUGAGACAGAGUUUGUCUGCAAGGCGCUUCCAUGUGAUCUGAUUGGAAUGAACUCAAACCUCAUGAGUCAGUACAUACAAUUUGUCGCAGACCGUCUUCUGGUUACCUUGGGAUGUGAAAGGCGAUACAAAGCAGAAAAUCCAUUUGACUGGAUGGAAUUCAUAUCUCUGCAAGGAAAGACAAACUUCUUUGAGAAAAGAGUGGGAGAGUAUCAGAAGGCAUCGGUUAUGUCAAGCCUCGAAAAUGGAAGUAAGAACUACGAAUUCAAAACUGACGAGGAUUUUUGA